GGCGCUGCUGUGGCCCCAGCGGCCGCCAUGGAGCGCGCCCUGCACCGCGUCUCCCUCGGGAGCCGGCGUGCCCACCCGGACUUGUCCUUCUACCUCACCACCUUUGGUCAGCUGAAGCUGGCGAUUGAUGCCCAGGACCAGGUUCUGCUGCUCCACAUCAUAGAAGGCAAAGGCCUGGUGAGCAGAGAGCCUGGCAUCUGUGAUCCCUAUGUGAAGAUUUCUUUGAUCCCCGAAGAUAAUCGAAUACGCCGUCAGAAGACGCAGACCAUUCCAGGCUGCAGAGACCCAGUCUUCCAGGAGCACUUCUUCUUCCCUGUCCAAGAGGAAGACGAACAGAAGCGCCUUCUGGUCACUGUGUGCAACGGGGCAGGUGACUCCAGACAGAGUAGACUCAUUGGCUGCAUGAGCUUCGGGGUAAAGUCCCUCCUGACUCCGGACAAGGAGAUCAGCGGCUGGUACUACCUUCUUGGGGAGGACCUGGGCAGGACCAAGCACCUGAAGGUGGCCCGGCGGCGACUGCGGCCCCUGAGAGAUCCACUGCUGCGAAUGCCAGGAGGUGGGCACGCUGAGAACGGGGAGAAACUCAAGAUCACCAUCCCGAGGGGGAAGGAUGGCUUCGGCUUCACCAUCUGCUGCGACUCUCCGGUCCGCGUCCAGGCUGUGGAUUCCGGGGGCCCAGCAGAGCGGGCAGGACUACAGCAACUGGACACAGUGCUGCAGCUGAACGAGAGACCCGUGGAACAUUGGAAAUGCGUGGAGCUGGCCCACGAGAUCCGGAGCUGCCCCAGCGAGAUCAUCCUGCUCGUGUGGCGCAUGGUCCCCCAGGUCAAGCCGGGGCCAGACGGCGGGGUCCUGCGGCGGGCCUCCUGCAAGUCGACACAUGACCUCCAGUCGCCCCCCAACAAGCGGGAGAAGAACUGUACCCACGGGGCCCAGGCACGGCCGGAGCAGCGCCACAGCUGCCACCUAGUGUGUGACAGCUCGGAUGGGCUGCUGCUGGGAGGCUGGGAGCGCUACACCGAGGUGGCCAAACGCGGGGGGCAGCACACCCUGCCUGCGCUGUCCCGUGCCACUGCCCCCACCGACCCCAACUAUAUCAUCCUGGCCCCGCUGAACCCUGGGAGCCAGCUGCUGCGGCCUGUGUACCAGGAGGAUGCCAUCCCCGAAGAGUCGGGGAGUCCCAGCCAAGGGAAGCCGUACACGGGCCUGGGGAAGAAGUCCCGGCUGAUGAAGACGGUGCAGACCAUGAAAGGCCACGGGAACUACCAGAACUGCCCGGUCAUGAGGCCGCACACCCCACACUCGAGCUAUGGCACCUACGUCACCUUGGCCCCCAAGGUCCUGGUGUUCCCUGUCUUCGUCCAGCCUUUAGAUCUCUGUAACCCUGCCCGGACCCUCCUGUUGUCGGAGGAGCUGCUGCUGUACGAGGGGAGGAACAAGGCUGCGGAGGUGACGCUGUUUGCCUAUUCGGACCUGCUGCUCUUCACCAAGGAGGACGAGCCUGGCCGCUGCAACGUCCUGAGGAACCCGCUCUACCUGCAGAGCGUGAAGCUGCAGGAAGGUUCUUCAGAAGACCUGAAAUUCUGUGUGCUGUAUCUGGCAGAGAAGGCAGAGUGCUUAUUCACUUUGGAAGCACACUCGCAGGAGCAGAAGAAGAGAGUGUGCUGGUGCCUGUCGGAGAACAUCGCUAAGCAGCAGCAGCUGUCGGCCUCGCCCCCGGAGAACAAGAUGUUUGAAUCGGAGGCAGAUGAGAAGAGGGAGAUGCCCUCGGAGGAAGGGAAGGGGCCAGGUGCCGAAGACACCCCGCCCAGCAAGGACCCCUCUCCUGGGCCAGAGCCUCGUCCAGGUCAAGGCCUCCCAACCAGCAAGGACUCCUCUUCUGAUCAGGAACCUUCUCUUGGCCAAGAAUCACUACCCAACAAAGACUCGCCUUCCUGCAAGGAAGCCCCUCCAGGCCGGGAGCCCUCACCAAGCAAGGACUCCCCACCAGCCCCGGCCCCCACUCCCGGCCAGGACCUUCCUGCCAGGCAAGAACCCCCUCCCAGCCAAGCUGCUCUGCUCAGCAAAGACCCCCCUGCCCAGGACCUUCCCCCCUGUCAAGACCCAGCCGAGGUCCUUGCCGAGGAGACGACAUGCUCUGAGGACGCACCAGCAGCCACCAGGGACCCACCUGUGGCCUCCAGGCCGACCUUUGUGAUCCCCGAGGUCCGGCUGGAUAGCACCUACAGCCAGAAGGCGGGGGCCGAGGGGGGCAGCUCAGGCGAGGAGGAGGAUGCAGAAGAGGCUGAGGAGGGGGAGGAGGGGGAGGAAGAGGAGGAAGAGGACACAAGUGAUGACAACUACGGAGGGCGCAGCGAGGCCAAGCGCAGCAGUAUGAUCGAGACAGGCCAGGGGGCCGAGGGCGGCCUCUCGCUGCGCGUGCAGAACUCGCUGAGGCGCCGGACGCACAGCGAGGGCAGCCUCCUGCAGGAGGCCCGCGGGGCCUGCUUCGCCUCUGACACCACCCUGCACUGCUCGGACGGAGAGGGCGCCGCCUCCUCCUGGGCCCUGCCCUCGCCCCGCACCCUCAAGAAGGAACUGGGUCGCAACGGCGGCUCCAUGCACCACCUUUCCCUCUUUUUCACGGGACACAGGAAGAUGAGUGGGCCUGACACAGCUGGGGACGAUGACGAAGCUGCCCGGAAGAGAAAAGGCAAAAACCUAGCCAAGGACAUGAAGAACAAGCUGGGCAUCUUCAGGCGGCGGAACGAGUCCCCUGGGGCCCAACCAGCUGUCAAGGCAGACAAAGUGAUGAAGUCAUUCAAGCCCACCUCGGAGGAAGCCCUCAAGUGGGGUGAGUCCCUGGAGAAGCUGCUGCUUCAUAAAUAUGGGUUAGCAGUGUUCCAGGCCUUCCUUCGCACUGAGUUCAGUGAGGAGAACCUGGAAUUCUGGCUGGCGUGCGAAGACUUCAAGAAGGUCAAGUCACAAUCCAAGAUGGCGUCCAAGGCCAAGAAGAUCUUUGCGGAGUACAUCGCGAUCCAGGCGUGCAAGGAGGUCAACCUGGACUCAUACACACGGGAGCACACCAAGGACAACCUGCAGAGCGUCACACGGGGCUGCUUCGAUCUGGCACAGAAGCGCAUCUUUGGGCUCAUGGAGAAGGACUCGUACCCACGCUUCCUCCGCUCUGACCUCUACCUGGACCUCAUUAACCAGAAGAAGAUGAGUCCCCCGCUUUAGGGGCCGCCGGCAGAGAGCUCAGAGUUCACACUAGGCGGGCUGGGCCACCUCCCCACCUGCCACCCUCCCCCAUGCGACGGAGGGGGCAAGCGAGCCCCCAGAGGCUGCGUCUCUGGACAGACAGACGGACACUUGGAUGAGAAGCCUGGACCAAGAGAGGCCCAGGCCACUGGAGGAGUAGAAGGACUGGCCCCGUUGGGUCCCCACUGCCCCGGUACGAGGGGACUCAAGGGCCCGGGCAGGGCAGGGGCCCUGGCUGAGCAAGACCUGGAGCUGCUGCAUCCUGCUGUGCAGACUUCGCAUCGACCGAGUUCCUUACAGAACUGGCGGACAGGGCGGGGGCGCGGGGCCCGGGGCUCUCCACAGGGGCUGCCCGGGCUCUCGGCUCAGACCCCGGCCUUGAAUUUUAUUUAUUUAAACAGUAGUUGGAUGCUUGGCACGUUGUCCUGUCAUAGGAAACCUUGGCCUCAUCAAUUUUCUUCAUUUACAAGUGCAAUAUUUUAACCAACGCCUUGUGAAAAGCCACCUUGCAGAGAAGGUGGACACCACUUUCCAGUUUCAGGGGAUUUGCUGGUCCCGGGCACCCCUGGUGGGCAGCUGGGCCUUCUGGACUGAUGAGGCCUGGCCGGGUGGGUGCUGCUGUCUGAUCUUGUGCAGAAAUCCAGCCCCCCUGAGCGAGGUGUCCCUCGGGGGCUCCGGGAAUGCAUGGCACCCUCAGACCACACAGCAGCCACGUUCUGGAGCAAAUAAAAGACCUGUGUUAUUUCUUGCUCUUGA